GCACAUGACAGUACUUCGGCGCGAGAGCCGGUGCAUCGCCAGGAGGGCUGUGCUUCCACUCCUGGCACGCACACACACACACACACACAGAUACACGCUGCUGCUGCCGCCGCUGCUGGAAGUCUUUCUACACAGGGAUUAGCAGCCGCCUGCCUCCCUCUCUCUGUCUUCCUUCUCCUUUUCCUUCCCUCUCUCCUUCCUUCCCACAAACGCUUGACUAACGGACGGCGGGCAGAAAAAAGCCAAAGUUCAUAAAACAUCACGAGGGUCAUAUUGUUCAGGAUUUCAAAGAGCCAUCGUUUACCUUUGUGGAUACAAGCAAACAGACAAUGGUGUCCCGACCAUCUGCUCAAGCUGCUUGAGAACAAUCUUCUGUGCAAAUGGCAUGAAAGCAGGGAAAAAGAGCAAUAAUCCCAACUGGCAGUCCAAAAAUAACCAGAUUGGAGGGUGGAAGGAAAAGAAGGAAAAGGGAAGCUAAAAAUGGAGAGAACAGUUGAGCAUCAAAUAUUGAAACUGACAUCUGAAUUAAAGAGUGUGCAAAAAUUCUCUUCCCUCUUUAACUAUUGAAGCAAAGUAAAAUGGAAAUCUGACUAAAGGAGAUUGCUAUCUGAAGAUACUCUCUGAUCUGUAACAAGUAAGGAGGGUGCACUGCUUUCAUGUUGAUAGACCCAGAUAAAGUUUUGGAAACAGAUAAGCUAAGCCUUUCCCUGAGGUCUGCCUGCCGCAUAGCCAUACGUAUUAGAUGACUUUGGGACUUGCAUUACAUCAGCGAUGAAGGGUUUAUCUAGCAGCCGUAGUCAUCAUCAUGGGGUUACCUGUGACCCUCCGUGUGACAGCCUGUCACAUCACUCGGACAGGAAGCCAUACCUGUUAAACCCGGUGGACCCCCAUCCUGCAGACCACCCUUAUUACACUCAAAGGAACUCUUUUCAGGCAGAGUGCAUGGUGCCCUACAAUGAUCAGAUUGCCAGCAGCACGUUCCCUCGGAGACACUACAACUCCCACCAUGAACUCAAGGAUGAGUGUGCUCUGGUUCCCCAUGGAACUGCCAACAAGACUAACCGCAUUCCUGCCAACCUUUUGGACCAGUUUGAGCGGCAGCUGCCUCUGAAUAGGGAUGGCUACCAUACUCUGCAGUACAAGCGGACUGCCAUGGAGCACCGCAGCGACAGCCCAGGGAGGAUCCGACACCUGGUUCAUUCUGUCCAAAAGCUCUUUACCAAGUCCCAUUCACUGGAAGGACCAUCCAAGGGAAGCGUCAAUGGGAGUAAAGCGAGCCCAGAGGAGUCACAAACGAUGAGGUAUGGGAAGCGCAGCAAGAGUAAAGAAAGGCGGUCAGAAGGUAAGCCCAGAUCCAAUGCAUCAGGAUGGUGGAGUUCAGAUGACAACUUGGACAAUGAUGUUUGCAUUUAUCAUGGUCCCAGUGGGGUAAUGACCAUGGGAAGAUGUCCUGAUCGUUCUUCUUCCCAGUACUUUAUGGAAGCCUAUAACACUAUUAGUGAACAUACUGUGAAGUCAUCCAGAAGCAAUAAUGAUGUCAAAUGCUCUACCUGUGCUAACCUGCCUGUGAAUUUGGACUCCCAGUUAAUGAAGAAAAGCUCUUGGUCCUCUACAUUAACCGUGAGCAGAGCCCGUGAAGUUUACCAGAAAGCAUCAGUUAACAUGGACCAGACAGUGGUGAAGGCAGAGACGUGUCAACAGGAACGGUCAUGUCAGUACCUCCAGGUUCCUCAAGAUGAAUGGUCUGGAUACACUCCACGAGGCAAAGAUGAUGAGAUUCCCUGCCGGCGGAUGCGUAGUGGCAGUUACAUCAAAGCCAUGGGGGAUGAUGACAGUGGAGACUCAGACACAAGUCCGAAGCCAUCUCCAAAGAUUGCUGCACGGAGAGAGAGCUAUCUCAAGGCCACCCAGCCGUCCCUUACAGAGCUCACUACCCUCAAGAUAUCCAGUGAACACUCGCCAAAGCUUCAGAUCCGGAGCCACAGUUACCUGAGGGCAGUGAGCGAAGUCUCAAUCAACAGGAGCUUGGACAGCCUGGACCCUGCAGGGCUGCUGACAUCCCCCAAGUUCCGCUCACGCAAUGAGAGCUACAUGAGAGCCAUGAGUACCAUCAGUCAGGUGAGUGAGAUGGAGGUGAAUGGUCAGUUUGAGUCCGUCUGCGAGUCGGUGUUCAGUGAGCUCGAGUCUCAGGCAGUGGAGGCCCUGGACCUGCCAAUGCCAGGCUGCUUCCGUAUGAGGAGCCACAGCUAUGUGCGAGCCAUUGAGAAGGGCUGCUCCCAAGAUGAUGAGUGCAUAUCACUGCGGUCGUCUUCUCCCCCACGAACAACCACUACAGUGAGGACCAUCCAGAGCAGUACUGUGUCAUCCUGCAUUACCACCUAUAAGAAGACACCGCCUCCAGUCCCACCAAGAACUACCACCAAACCAUUCAUUUCUAUCACAGCCCAGAGCAGCACAGAAUCUGCCCAAGAUGCAUAUAUGGACGGGCAUGGACAGAGGGGAGACAUCAUCAGUCAGUCUGGCCUUAGCAACUCCACAGAGAGCUUGGACAGUAUGAAGGCACUAACAGCAGCUAUUGAAGCUGCUAAUGCACAGAUCCAUGGCCCAGCAAGUCAACACGUAGGGAACAACACUGCCACUGUCACCACCACCACAACCAUUGCCACCGUUGCAGUAGAAGAUAGAAAGAAGGACCACUUCAAGAAAAACAGAUGCUUAUCUAUUGGAAUACAGGUUGAUGGUGCUGAAGAAACUGCCAAACCAGGGGAAAAUAAAGCAACCAGUAAGUUCCAGUCCAUAGGAGUUCAAGUUGAGGAGGAGAAGUGCUUUCGCAGGUUUACACGAUCUAAUAGUGUAACAACAGCUGUGCAAGCAGACCUGGAUUUCCAUGAGAACUUUGAAAUAAUCGACCCUCAAGAGGACAAUUUGUGUUCUGGACAAAUAUCAAGACAAUUUUCACGAGAUGCAAGCACCUCUACCGUUAGCAUACAAGGGUCAGGAAACCAUUACCAUGCAUGUGCAGUGGAUGAUGACUUUGAGACAGAUUUUGACCCAUCUAUUUUACCUCCUCCUGAUCCCUGGAUUGACUCUAUCACUGAAGAUCCCCUGGAAGCUGUUCAAAGGUCAGUGUGCCCACGAGAUGGCCACUGGUUUCUGAAGCUACUGCAGGCAGAGAGAGACCGUAUGGAGGGCUGGUGCCAACAGAUGGAGAGAGAAGAACGGGAAAACAACUUACCUGAGGACAUUCUAGGGAAAAUCCGAACUGCAGUGGGCAGUGCCCAGCUCCUAAUGGCCCAGAAAUUUUACCAGUUCAGAGAACUUUGUGAAGAAAACCUGAAUCCUAAUGCACAUCCACGGCCGACCUCCCAGGAUUUAGCAGGGUUUUGGGAUAUGCUGCAGUUGUCCAUAGAAAAUAUUAGUAUGAAAUUUGAUGAACUUCAUCAGUUAAAGGCCAAUAAUUGGAAACAGAUGGAUCCUCAUGACAAGAAGGAGAGAAGGGUCCCUCCUCCAGUGCCAAAGAAGCCAUCGAAAGGUCAGGUGCCGCUCAUCCGGGAACGCUCUCUGGAGAGCUCGCAGCGUCAGGAGGCCCGCAAGCGGCUGAUGGCUGCCAAGCGCGCGGCGUCCGUCCGGCAGAACUCAGCCACCGAAAGCGCCGAGAGCAUUGAGAUAUACAUCCCCGAAGCCCAGACCAGGCUAUGAAGGGAUCCGACCAGGAGGACUCUCUCUGGCAAGACAAGUCUCCUGUACAAUCUGCCCCUCUAGGCUCCUGCUCCAGGUCACCGCCACCAAGUACUUGUACCUCUUCCUCCCUCUGCUCCCCCCCUCUCCCCGCUCUCUGUACGCAGUCCUGGUGACCCCGAUGAAUCCCACCACCGUGCCGUAGUUGUCGGUCCUCCGAGAGAUGUCCUCUAACCACCCUUGCUUCCUGAAGGUUUGCCCAUGUCACCAUGAUGCUUUGUCACAUGUACUGAUGCUGCCACCUCGCCUCAUGUAAACAAGUACGAUCCUUUUUCUGUUUGAAGUGAAUAAACGCGGCGCUCGGAUCCCCAUGCACACGCGCACCUGUACAGUAGGCUCCAUUUAACCCACCCACGACCUUUAGUCAAUCUAAAGCUAGCCUGUUACCUAGUGUACAGCAAUAUCCAACCGCAGGGGAUUUUGGAAAUUUCAGUCACGCAGGGUGAUCCUUUUGGACUCUGCCGUCUUCCUCACAAAAGAUGAAAGGAGCUAUGACUCGGAUUCCCCUUUUUUUAUUACGGGGUUUUUUUUUCAUUUUGUUUUUUAAAGCAGAUGGCGCACUUUAUUCUAAACCUCCGAAUCACACCUUCUCACCUGAUUUUAAGGAGUCACCAAGGAGGGAGAGGUCGGGGUGGGAGCGGGGAGGAGGGUAGAAACACAGACCUGGGGGUGAGAAAUGGAAGCGUAUCCCGCAGGUGGGAUGGCAAGGGAUAGAAAGAUCCCAAGGAAAGAUGCCUGCACACUCACAGCUGCACAAACUGCCUCAUUUUUAUUUCAUCAAUCACUACUUAAACAUUUCAAUCAGCAGAAGAUUGUAAAUUCGAUCUUCCAGGGAAAUAAUCUAUUUUGAAAGGCAAUAAAAGAGUGAAAAGGAAGGAAAUAAGAAGCAAGGACAGUUGAAGAUAAUAUAAAAGAAGGAUUUUCUUGUCCAAGUAUUAAGAAUUUUUAAAAUUGUACUGUAUUGUCAAUUCCUCUUGUAUUGUAUUGUAUGGAUUAUAUUGGUUAAAAAAAAAAAAAAAGAAAAAGAAAAAAAAAAGAAAAAAAAAGCUUGGUUUCAUUGAUGUCUUACUCUUGGUGGGACGAUCUGAUCUCACACAUACCCACAGCCACACACCGACACCUGUCAGCCAGUUGUACAUGGAGCCUGCCGUGCUCUUCCAGGCGAGGCGUUGCAUUAUCCACAGCCGGUUGUGUGCUACCGCGCAGACUGCUCCUCACCAGGCGGUCUGUAUCUAGGUGUAAGGUUCUAAGACCGUCUCCUCCUGAUAGUAUAAAGUACCCACCAAAACUCAUCUUGUUGACCAAGAACAAUAAAGUCUUUUUCACAAGUUAUGGGAUCGAUAUGAACUUAAUUUCGUUCCACGACAAGCCUUCCUUCCCCCGCUUCUGCCAUUGUUUCACAGUCACAAAAAAUAUGCAUCCCAAGUAGCCCGUUAAUACUGGGGGUAAAUCAUAGACAAUAGGGCUGGAGAGGAGCGAGGCUCUCAGCCUGGCCUCCCCCAGCCCAGGCGGGAGCUGCUCCUCCUGCAUAUUGGCGGUCAGGCGCUGGGCACACCGCCCCAGGAAGGCCUUGUGCCGACAACAGGAAAGCUGCUACACACAGCGUGUCGGGCACACGUGUGGGUGGGCGACUGGGUGCGACACGUGCCUCCCUGGUUUCUACUGGGAACAGAGGGUUUGGCCAGUGCAACUGUGCCCAGGGUCCCGGGGGCAAAGUUCUCAAGACCCUGCUCCGGUCCCCGCACUCUCUUUGCCUCCAUGAGGGCACCCACAAAGGAAGGUGGUAGCUCUCCACUCCCACUGGGGACAGGCCCAGGGACAGCUGCCCUGAUGUUGCAACACGGUGUGCACGGUGACCCCAGACCAGUGUGGGCUGCCUGUGCCCUUCGCUGUAACAGCUGGGCUGGCUUGACCAGGUCUCACCAUAGGGCUGGUAUCAUUCUGCCACUUGCGCUUCAGAGCACUGAAAAUUGUCAUCGACAUGCAAAGCUCUUGCUAAAAGUAUUCAUCGAGGUCAUGCCAGACAGCUUCUUUUCCUACGACAUCUUAGCCAGGUGCUAAUUUAAUUUUACUGAAGAAAAUAAGAGAGGUAAUAGGUUCUGGCACCAGGUAUUUUCACGAAAGCAUACUAAAACCACUAGAGAAUUUGCUACCUCUCAAAGCCAUUGAUAUCUGAGCUAUGUCUUUAUAAACAGGGCACAACUACUUACUGCUGUGGUUUACAAGAUAAGGGCUAAUAAUUUAAUAUAUAAAAGACUUUUAACUAGAGUAAUCGGAAAUCCAGUGUAACCCUAGAGUGCUUUGUGCUAUAGGAGCUUGAAAAGGCUUGACCCUCUCAACAUCCAAAUACCUGUGUGUUUGCUAGUUUUGAAACACUCCAUCUGACUUUUAGCAGCGAUGAAAGAUCACCGUGUUUGCAGUAUGUGAUAGUGCCAACUACCACUUUGAGCAUUUAGUCAUGUUAAGUAUUAACUCUUUGGAACUCAUUUGUACCAAGGUAUACAAAGCUGUAUCCAGGUGAGAGUCUGCGUUCACAGCUGUGUUUCAGAUUAUUUAGUUUCGUGGAUGUUUUAUGAAGGAUGAGUUAAGAUUUUGGUUGACAAGUGGCUACAGAAAUUUCUAUCUAGCAAGUGCCCCUCUUACAAAGCAGAAAAGGGAAGACUGCCUAGUCUUGUACAUUACGAAUUAUUCUAUUUGUAUAUCACAGAAUAUUUUCAUAUAUAUUUUAAAUGAAUCUAUUCUUAGGUGAAUGCCUGUUAGCACAUUUGGCUCCAGGGAGAGAAUUAUAAAGUUUGCUUUGUUUUUUAGCAAAGUUUUAAGCAUACGGCCAAGACCACUAAAUAUAGAAGAUAAUACUUCUGCCCCUAGAAUGCCACUAGUUAACCACUUGACUCAUUUACUGACACGAAUACACAACGAGUAUAUUUGCUGUAUCAUCUGUUUUAGUACAAUUUGUAACUACUUGUUUCAGUCUAACCUGCCCGGUGUAUAUUCAAAAUUCCUAUAUGCUGUUUCACUUUAGUACUGACGUCUUUCUUUCUUUCUUUCUUUCUUUUUUCCUUUCUUUUUUUCUUUCUUUUUUUUUUUUUUUUUUUUUUUUUUGGCUUGGGGGAAAUUUUAGAAAAGGUUGUUUUUGUCUCCUGCUUCCAAAGUUAAAAAAAGAAAAAAAAGAAAAAGAAAAAAAAAAGUAUUUAUUAUAUUUUUUGCAGAUGUUUCCAUUGAAAUUCUCAUAAUCUUUUUUUGUAAAGAAAGAUGAAGAAAUGGAUUAAAGAUUUUUAAUAUUUGAAAAGGUAAAUAGAAAUAACUUAUUUGUAAUAUAGUUCAGUUUAUUUAUUCGUGUUCCCUUAAUGCUUUUAUGUGCACUAUCACUUUAAUUUGAACAGAAUCUUUGUCAAGUUUUGGGGGGUUUUUUGUUUUGGCUUUGUUUUUUGUUUUUGUUUUUAAGGAAAAAGGUCAAAUGCAUAUUUUAAGUAAUCGGGAUGUAAAUCGAUGGCCUACCUGCAUUCCCAAAUGUUAUUUUGAAAACAUUUCUAAUAUGAAACAAACGGCAAAAAAAAAAAGUGAAAGCCUUUAGAGAGAGGAGAGUGGUUUUAUGGCAUAACGAUUUGGAUUUCCACAGGAUUAUCUACCUAGAUGGGUGUGUGGACAGGAAAAUGUAAAUAGAUGAAUGUUUCCCAUAAUGUAAAAAGAGCAAAUUAAUAAAAUAAUUAAUGCACUGCUUGUAAGA